GCUGGCUGGGCCACGCGUGCUUGAGAAGGUUCAAUGGCGUGGCAGGGACUAGCGGCCGAGUUCCUGCAGGUGCCGGCGGUGACGCGGGCUUACACCGCAGCCUGUGUCCUCACCACUGCGGCGGUGCAGCUGGAGCUCCUCAGCCCGUUUCAACUCUACUUCAACCCGCACCUUGUGUUCCGGAAGUUCCAGGUCUGGAGACUCGUCACCAACUUCCUCUUUUUCGGGCCCCUGGGAUUCAGCUUCUUCUUCAACAUACUCUUCGUGUUCCGCUAUUGCCGCAUGCUGGAAGAGGGCUCCUUCCGCGGCCGCACGGCCGACUUCGUCUUCAUGUUUCUCUUCGGGGGCGUCCUUAUGACCCUGCUGGGAUUCCUGGGCAGCCUGUUCUUCCUGGGCCAGGCCCUCAUGGCCAUGUUGGUGUACGUGUGGAGCCGCCGCAGCCCUCGGGUGAGGGUCAACUUCUUCGGCCUGUUCACUUUCCAGGCACCGUUCCUGCCUUGGGCACUCAUGGGCUUCUCGCUGCUGCUGGGCAACUCCAUCCUCGUGGACCUGCUGGGGAUUGCCGUGGGCCACAUCUACUACUUCCUGGAGGAUGUCUUCCCCAACCAGCCUGGAGGCAAGAGGCUCCUGCUGACCCCUAGCUUCCUGCUGGCGACAGCCCAGCAGUGCCCACACAGGACUGGGCCCUCCGCAGGGGACUUCAGAGCAGCAAGGCCCCAGCUGGCAGUAGCCUGACCAUCUGAACACAGCAGAGCCAGGGCAGCCCAGGGACAGCAGGAGAGCUCACGGCACCUUUCUGAGGCCAAGCAAGCGGAACAGAGUUAGGGCUGUUGCUGAAAGGCAGAGAACUCUGCCCUGAGCCUCGCAGCCACUCUUCUCAGCUCUCUGGGUCUGGAAGGAGAACAGGCUGAAGGGAGCUGAGGUGCUACCAGAAGCCGCAUUCACCCUCACUCGCCCACCUGGGAAUCGGAGGCAGAGGAGGGCGAGGCCUGUGUGUCAGCCUUGUUCACAUGCCACCUUUGUCCCCCCAAGCCCCAGCCCCACUUCUGGCUCUCAUUAUUUUUAUGCUAAAACUUUGAAGAAAUUGAACAUGAC